AUGGCUAAAAUUCAUCCAAAAGCGACGCUUGAUCUCCCAUCCCUGGCGACCUCUCACAAUCGCAAGGCCACUAAACGGGAGGUCUUUACCGUGUGGAUGAAGUCAUUGAUCAUGAACAGCAAGGGAUGUACUGUGUUCGACUCGAGCGGCGGGAUCGUUUACAGGGUAGAUAACUACGACUGCGAGCGAAGCAGCGAGGUCUAUUUGAUGGACUGCGGAGGGAAGGUCGUGUUCACCAUUCUUAAGAAGAAAUGUAGCUUGCUCAAGACAUGGAAGGGCUAUGGAUCGAUUGGCUUGGAGGAGAGAAGGACGCUGUUUCAAGUCAAGAAGUCAUUGAGCUUUAAGAGGAGAGAGUCGCUGUACGAGGUCACGGUCUGGACAGACACGCCCCGACCUAGCUACUACUUCAUUCAAGGACAUGGCACCUCCAGGUCUGCAUGCAACAUAACCAAGAGAUUAGGCGGUCUCAUGGCAGAGGUGAAAGAGAAGCGAUCAAGCUCGGGGGUUUCCCUGGGGGACGAUGUCUUGACGAUGAGCGUGGAACCAGAAUUCGAUCAUUCGCUCGCCACGGGACUCCUCGUUGUUUAUGGACUAUUCAACCACAGUCUGUGACGUAACAGAAUCGCCCUCAUGCUCGUAGAGAGAGGGGAUCGACGAGUGCACGCGUUCUGCUUUUACCAACAUGUCUUAGAGAGUUCACUUCUGAAGCGACCAAGGUCUGCUGCCGAGUUCGGAAAAUCAACUGUCGCCCUCUUGAAAAUUACUAACUGGAUCCAAGAAACCAGCAAUUUCAGUUUGCGGGUUUUUGGGGAUUUUCAGACAUAUAGGGCGCGCAUGAUAAAAUUUCUACUUUUCUAUUUCUCUAUU